AUGGACGCCUCCACAACCACCCCUCCCGUCCUCGGCAUCGCUGCAGCUCAAGUGUUUGCCAGGCCAGACUUGCUGGAGCGCGUGCUUCUUGAACUGCCGCUGUGCGAUGUUAUCCCCUCCCAGCAAGUCAACUAUGCUUUCUAUACCGCGGUCAACACUACUCCAACCAUCCAGGAGGCGCUUUUUCUCCAUCCAGCGUCCGCACCGAUGGUCUCGUGGUCUCCCUCCAGCAGCCGAUGGGUUUUGAAGUCCGGCGACGGCUCGAUGAAGCCGAUCGCGAACCCGUUCCUGGCGAGGUUUGUGUGCUCGGCUCCUCCAGGUGUCCAUGAGCUCGCGAAGGCCAGCACCCUCAGGCUCAGCCACUACAGUCCACAAGCUCCGAGCGUCACCGUGGCCUUCCUAGAACUGCCCAUCUCGAAGAAUCUUCCACGCCAACGUCGCAACAACCGCCUUUGUGGUGGUACCAGGAUUCGGCCGCUCUGGGAGAAGAUGACGCUGACCGACCUGCCGCUCGAUGGAAUGAUAUUCUUCCAGAAAUCUUCUCGCAGCCUGAAAGUCCUCAAUCCUUGCAAAUUCCGUCUUGGUGACCUCCUGAAUAGUCUGCACCUCGGAGGACGUCGCUUUAAGGCCGAGAAGACAUGUCAGCUCAUCGGCCCAGGAGCAAUCGCUUGGCUGCCGGGUGGGGUGCGUGGGACUACUGGUUGGGAGGCGCUGCGUGUGCUGGAGGCUACUGGAGCGAAGAGAAGUGCCCUGCUGGGAGAGCACAACCCGAGUCCUGUGCUGUUGCAGGCCAUAGAAGUUGCCAAGCGCAUCGCGGCAAUCCUGUUCCUCCUUUCGAACGCUGCGUUUGCUGUAUGGGUCUUGUCGUUCGCCUGGAAGUACCUGCGAGGCAUCUAA